UGGGCUGCCGGAAGGUCGCCGCCGGCUCUUCUACCAUCUCCGCUGAAUCCAGCUUCCGCAAGCUCGACGAUGUCUUCUUACAGGUCAAACUUAGCUUGUUUCUCGCCAUCGCCAUCGGUAUUUACUCAGACGAGAAUAUGGCUAGGGGAAGUUCUGAAUAUGAGAUUGAAUGAGCAGUCGCACAUUUCUGAUUUGCUGGCUGAUGGAGAUCUUCUGUUUGAGGUCUCUAAAGUAGUAUGGAAUAUGUUGUUUGCAAAGUGUCCAGAGCUUAGACGUUUAAAGUAUAAACCACUUGAUUCCCGGAAAAGCAGUGGGAGAUACAGGCCUUAUUCUAAUGUUGACUCUUUUCUAAAGAUCUGCAAAAUUUUGGGAUUGAAUGGUAUCGAUCUCUUCUCCCCAUCAGAUGUCGUUGAAAAAAGAAAUGUUCGGAAAGUUUGCAUUUGCUUAAGGGCACUAUCAAAGAAAGCCAGAUCAAAACAUUUAAAGGUCCCAGACUUUGAUGUGGUAACAUACACUGUAGCCAUGCCAAAAGAUAUGGUGGGGGGCAUUAGAAGAAGCUUGGAGACAUCGCAAUGUAGCUUUUCAAGUUCAUCCAGUUACAGCUCAUAUAAAGAUCAAAGACAGAAAGUUAGGCAGAAAAAUUUAACCGAAGCAGGUGAUAAAAACUAUGAUUCUUGUUCAGAAGAAUCUGAUGAAGCAGAAAGCAAGUAUAUGGGAGAAGAAUCUUAUUGCUCGUCUACAAACAAUAAUAAAUAUACUGCUCCUCUGAAUUCAGAUUGCGAGAAUUCACCUGGAGUUUGUUCAGCUGUUACAAAGAGCAGCAUGAAGCAGAGUUUGUUGCACUCUGAUAUGCGUGAUCAGCACAUUUAUGAUAAUGGGUUCAACCAGUUUGGAUCAGAAUCAACAAAAUAUCCCUCUUCACAGCAUGCUAGGAAUUACGAGUCACAGGAUGGAGUUUCAUCUUCUUGCAUCAAGUCUCAAAGAAAAUUACAUCAAAGUGAUGACUUAAGUCGUCCUCUUGACAAUGACAUAAUGCAUUUCGACCACGUUGACCCUAAUAUGGGGAAUUGUGCAUCAGUCCAGGAUUCUAUAUAUGACUAUGAAGCUGAAGGAGAUUAUAUCUCUGAUUAUCUAGCAUUUUCAGAUUCAGUUAUUGGUGGAGCUGAUGGCAAUAGCCCUGUUUUACUGGAAGGGGAAGAUAAUAUUUUUAACUUUUUUAUGGGCGUUGAUUCUCAUUGGUCAAGGUCAAGUCGGUGUUCAGUGGAUGGAUGUGGAAAUAAAUUCUCUGAUGAUAUUGAAGAUCUGGAAGUAUCAUCCACAGCUAGCAUGAGCUCUUUAUUAGGUCGGGCACUUAAUUUGGAAUUCGAUGACCACUUUGACAUAGAUGCCCACAAUGCAUUGCUGGAUAAUGAGGGCUGUAGCCAGGACAGAGGUUUAUUAAAAACUCCUCAAGCUCGGGAUGUUGCUGAUGAUGGCAAUGGAUCUCAAUGUCACGAUGAAUUUAAAUCAGCAUCAAAGGAGUGUCUUAGAGAUCCACCCGGUGCCUUGUUUCUCACAGGCAAUAAUAAAAGUGAAGAUGACAACAAUGCAGAUCCUGGCACCGAAUUUGGAAUAAAUCAUAGAUUACACAAUAGUUAUUCAGGUGAGUUAAAGGAUGGAUGCGUUAGUAGUUUGCAGAGUCAGCAAAUAGUUAGUUUCCAAAAUGAGCACAAACCGUCUGCUAUCAGAUUAUUAGAUGAGUCUAGUGUCAAUCAGAACUUGGUUGCUCAUCCAAAUUCUUAUGAAGCUCUAGAAGAAAAGCAUCCUUACAUUCCAGUCAAAGAUUCAAAUGAGUUUGACACAAAGCAUAGAGACAUGGAUUUUCUGGCAGAAAAUGUUUCAAAUGGGAAAGACAAGACAAAUGUUGAAGCUUCCAAGGACAAGGUGCACCGAAGGCCAUUUCUGCAUACAGUUGCAAAAGGCACUGCAAUUUUUGGCAUGAUGUUUCUGGUGCUUCAUCUCAGUAGAAGGGACCGAGAGAAAGACAGUGAUGCAAACAAGAAACCGCCUCAAACUAAGAAGUUUAAAGGCAGGGAUAUCUCUUACAGGGAAGGACAAAAUGGAGGUAGAGAUAGGAUUUAUCCUGCAGAAAAGCUGAAGUUCAAGAACUAGUAUGCAUAUAUAUAUGCUUGGUGCUGAGCAGCUGAGCUGCAUUACUUUGAUAGUUUCCAUUCCCUUUACUUGGUGUUUUUGUACACACAGGCAUGCUUCUAGAUUUUCAGUUCUGUUAUCCUCCUUGAGAUAUCAAAUUUUAAGUUUUUGCUCAGGGAAAAACAGAAACCUUAUGUUGUUAGAGUUAGUUACUACUUAAUGUAUAAUGGUUUACUUCACAUUACAGGCAAGAUUCCAUCAAUGAUAAAUUUUCUUAUACAAUUAGUUA